UGUGGAACUAAAAUGGACCACGCCAAACAUGCAGAUCAAUCUUUCUCCUCUCUCUUUCUUCUCCCCAUGAAGAGAGAGAAGGAAGAUGAAGCAGCUUUCUCUCUCUUGAUCCCCAACUCCAUCUCGUGCUCGUUUCGUCUCUCAUGAACCCAAUUGUUCAUGCUUCCACAACCAUGGAGGGAGAGGAACCUGAAAUCGACCGCCUUCCUGUUGACCUCCUCGCCCACUGCUUCUUCCUCAUCUCUUCGUUCAAGGACUUGGCCCAGGCAAGCCUUGUGUGCAGGAAAUGGAGAGAAGGCGUGAAGAGAUCGACUGCGAGGAGAGAGAAACUGAGUUUUUCUGGUUGGAAGAUGGAUGAUGACUCCACUGCGAGGCUUGUUCAUGAUGCCUACGGUCUCAAGGAGCUUGACAUUUCAAGGAGUUGCUGGGGCUGCCAGAUAACAGAUGAGGGACUCUACAAAAUCUCUUUGGCAAAUUGUUGUAGUAGUCUUACAUCAAUAUCCCUAUGGGGAAUGGCUGGGAUCACAGAUGAAGGUGUUGUUCGGCUGGUUUCAAGAGCUGUUUCUUUACAACAUCUAAACAUUGGUGGGACAUUCAUCACAGAUGAAUCUCUGUUUGCAAUUGCAAGGAGCUGCCAAAAUUUGAAGGCAAUUGUUCUUUGGAGCUGCCGCCAUAUCACGGAGAGGGGACUCACUGCACUUGUGAGUAAUUGUCGCAAACUCGAAUCCAUCAACGUAUGGGGGCUGAGAGUCUCCCUAGAAAGUUACAUUGGGUUGCUAGCCAUCAGCCCCGCUCUCCAAAUAAAACCUGGGGAUAUGCAUUUGAAUGUGCGCAAACUUCCACUUUGGGCAGUCGCCUGACUGGAUAUCACUGUAUUGAUUGCUGUAUGCUGUAAAUAAAGGUUAUGCACUUGAAUAUUACUACUUGUAUAGAUUUUUUUUUUUUUCCUUUAUGGAAUGAUGUAAUGUUUGUCAUAAGCAUAUUACAUGGUAGUACAUGAGCACAUUCAUGUCGUAGCUUACUGCUAGAACCAGUGAAAAUAAAUUCAUAAGAUUGAAGGGACUA